AGAAUAAAACCUGACUGAACUAGCAAAGUCAACGCUUUUCAUGUUUUUUGACUGUUGGUAGAUUUUGCCGUUUAUAUUUUUGUUGCUAUUAAGUAUCUGUGUCACAAUGUCCGACAUUGUGACACAGCGAAUACUUUCUUUAGCUUGUGACAUCUGACAUUUUGCGGAUAUUUGGGAACGAACUUCAACAGACCGAGCAUGACAUCAUCGUGCAGCCAUUCCCCAGCCAAGAGCGUGAACGGUCUGUGGCGAGAAGUCGGGACCAACAUUGAUAUCCUGGCUGACUGCGUAAAAUCAGCUUCCCAGUACGUGGACCAUAUUAAGUCGAAAACACCAAUCCCGGAGAUAGUGAUCCAUUGUCUUGAAGCUGUAAACGCCCUAAUGACUGGAACUACUGGCACGCAGCGAUUUUCUCCAGAUGUGGAGGAGCUCCUCAAACAGUCUGCAGCCGAACAGGAGCGCCACUUCGCUAAUAUGCUCCAGCUGGCGCAAAAUGAAUUCGCCGACGCGGCAGCACAGAUUUCCACGUGGAAGAGUAAGGCAGCCGCAGCGUUCCAUGGUGCCAUCGGUGCUGCUGAUUCGCUGCGUGCUCUGGGCUUCGCACAGCACGAAGGACUGCGUAUUCAGACAGUGGAACUGUAUCCCAAGUUUAUGGAAUGUGCUGAUAAUGCCGCAAGCCAUCAAGAGGCCCGACUAGCCACUGAAUUGGAGAAAGUUCUGCUGGUCGAACACUCAUUCCAAGCGCUUAACUGGCGUUGUGCGGAUCGUUGGAAAAAAGCAUCCAAUAUGGCAUCGUCAUGCAGCCUUUCCCCCGGCAGCGGCGUGCCUGUCCUGUUCCAAGAACUCACCACCAACGUUGCCGUUCUUUAUGACUGCGUAAAAGCAAUCGAUGACUACUCGGACCAUAAGAAAGUGAAAAUUGCUUCGACUAAAUCGUUCGUGGUAGAAAUGUCCGCCUGCCUUGAAGCAUUUCAAGAUGCCAUAAAUGCUGGCACCACUGGAACGCUGCGAAUUCCUCCCGAUAUGGAGGAGCUCGUCACACAGACCGCAGCCGACCAAGAGCGUCACUUUGCUGAUAUCCGCCAGCGAGCGCAGCACGAAUUCACUGGCGCGACACAGCAGAUCUCCAUGUGGAAGAGCAAGGCAGCAGGAGCAUCCAGCGCUGCCAUGGGGGCAGCUGAUUCGCUGGGUGCUCUCAGCGUGCCAGUGCCCGAAGAUCUGCGUUUUGCCAUUGUGGGACUGCACGAACAACUCAAGGGAUAUGCAGAUAAAGCCAGAAGCCAGGAAGAGGAUUUUCUCAGCACUGAACUGAAGAAAGCGGAUCUGGUCAUGGCAUACGUCAACUUGGUGAAAUCAUUCCAAGCUGAUAAUUAAGAAGUGAAUGAAGCGCGGUAGUCGAUUAGAUCGGACACGGAACUGCAACGCUUGUGCUCCAUAUUCUGGUUGUUUUUAUGUAACAAAGGGUACUGGCCCGCAAGUCCUUAAUGGGGCGUCAAUAAUUAUUACUGCUUUUUUGCUUCGUUUUUCCAUAGGCGAUUGUACUUUGACUUUUGUUUCUUCGACUUUCCUUAUUGCUGUACGAGUACCCCAUAAGUAUGUUAUUGCAGUUUUGUUUUGUUAGACUCAGUGAGUCUAACAAAACUUGUUGACAAGCAUAAA